AUGUCUACAGCCCUCAAAACCGUCCCGGUCUACUUGCUCGCGUCCGUCGUCCUCCUUGGCGCCUUUUCCCGUCUCACCCAUGGCGCGUACACGCCCAUAUGGUACGCCUUCCAGGAAUACCACUUGCCAGACGACGGCUCUACGGCCGCGACGGUGACGCCCGUCAUCGACACUCUCGUCGGGUUCAGUCUCCUGUUCGGGGGGCGCGCCGUGAAACUCCUCGCCGCGUCGCUCAGCCUGUUGUUCUUCACGGCAGGGCUGGCAAUGCAGGUCCACGCCGGGAAACAGUACAAAGGCGACGUGGCGCUGGCUGUGCUGGCUGUGGCUGCUGUUGCAAGGUUGCUUUCGAGAUGA